CCCGCUGCCGCCCUCUGAUUGCCGCCUUCAGCUGUCGAUCGCCGCCGGAAGGUGUGAAAGCAUCAUGUCUGCAAAUGAACAUUUAUCAAGUAACCCGUCAGAAUGCAAUAGUGUACUGGAUUUACCAGCUACAUUUAGCUUAGCAGUUGAAGAUGGUCGGUUAAUGUCUGAUGAAGAUACUGAUGGAUGUACUUCCGAGUCAACUGUUGAUCCUUUAUUCUCAAUGAAACCUACAAUAAAUACAGAUUCAGACCAUCCAAAUUGUGAAGAGGGCACUGCCUCAGUUGAAGAUGCAGAGUUGCAGCGUGGCAAUGAAGAUAACCAGCAAUGUAUUGGCAUCACACAAAUUAUGGAAGAUUUUUUUAAGGGCGCAGAACAACGGAAGUCUUUGGAGUCUAACCCUCUCUCGGAGAAAAUUGCACAUCUGUUGACCUCAAGAAUUUCACAAUUGAAACAAGAGCCGGGUGGCCAGUAUCUCCUUCGAAGCUUUCAAAUGGCGCUGGUCCUGUGUCACACACAGGGUCCUGACAUUUUCAAGCAAGGGAAUGUUACCAAUGAGCAUUUCUGCUCCUCGGUCAAUUUUGCUCGUCAUUCCGCCGAAUUCCACCCUUUGCCAGGACUCUCACAGGACGUUGUCAGUUUUAUACAACAGGAGAUUUCAAAGUGAAGAACUACGCACGGUUUAAACACCGGCCAGAUGCAGAAAUCCAACUUUUAUUAGGAGAAGAUUGACACAAAAAGCUGGAGUAACUCAGUGGGACAGGCAGCAUCUCUGGAGAAAAGGAAUGGGUGACGUUUCGGGUUGAGACCCUUCUUCACAACCUUUAUAAUAAAGUUAUCAGUUGUUGCUUCGCCAAUUUGAUAGAGAUUUUUGAUUUUGACAACUUUUCCAAGAGGAUUACCGAUGAUGGUAGUCCAGUAGAUGUUCUCUCCACGGACGUUACCAAGGCCUUGCACAAGGUUCCACAAGGUCAAGCAGGCAAGUUUGGAGGUUAGGUUACCUGAGAUCCAGGGUUAGCAUUAUCUACUUGUAUUCCCAUUAACCUAACAGAAGAGAGCUUAAAUAUUUGGCUCUACUACAAACAAGUGUGGUAUUAAGACUUACAUUUUAUAUUAUUUGACUAAUUUCAUUGAAAAACAUCUGAAAUCAUUAGUAUGGAUAAGUACGGAUGUUAGAGGUUAUGGGGUGAAGGCAGGAGAAUGGGGUUAAGAGGGAAAGAUAGAUCAGCCAUGAUUGAAUGGCAGAGUAGACUUGAUGGGCCGAAUAGCCUAAUUCUGCUCCUAUCACUUAUGAAUGUAUGAAUCGCCAUUUUGUGAGUUUAUCCUAACUGCAAUUUAAAUGAUUCAUGAGAAGAAACAAGGAACUGCAGAUGCUGGUUUACAAAAAAAAGACAAAGUGCUUGAGUAACUCUGUGGGUCAUGCAGCAUCUCUGGAGAACAUGGAUAGAUGACAUUUUGGGUUGGGACCCUUCUUCAGACGUAUAUGUGACUUUGUUUUGUGACUGUGGAACAAUUGCUAUGAAAAUGGAAGCCCAUUUCUUUGAUUGCACAGUUACCUUUUCAAUAAAACAAGCAAAACCGGAUCUGCUAGUUAAUGAAUGUGGCAACUGGAGUGAAAGGUCGGAUCCACCAACAAUAAUGAUGAUCAGUUGGCCAUUUGUAAGUGGAAAGUGCGACAAGGUAUAAGAUUUCCAUUGAACUGGAAUUCCAUGCAUUAUCCAAAAUUAGUGAACAUUUGUUGUACUUAUAAUAUUGUUGAAGAAAAUACAGUGCUUAAUCUAUUAAUAGAUGUGUUAACCAUGCUUCAAAAUAUGAAGAAAAGUUGGAUUAUGAAAAAUUGGAUUAUCAACCAAGUUCUUUUUUAAUCAUAUGCUGUUGUAUCAAAGAACAUGGAUGCUCCUUUUUUUGCUUUUAUUAAUAUUGAUGAGAAGGGAAGAAAUUGCAGGGGCUCUGACAGGGAUACUUUCAUCAUCUUCAGUCCCUGGAAAGGUAUUGGAAAAUUGGAGGGUGGCUAAUGUGUCCACUGAGUCCAUGGCGACGAUCGAUGAUCCUUUCACACAGUAAUGUUAUCCCACAUCGCAUCCACUCCCUACACACUCGGAGGGCAAUUUACAGAGGAAAAUUAACCUACAAACUCACACUUCUUUGAGAUGUGGGAGGAACAGCCGCAUUUUCACAUCCAUUAUAUCCUGCUGUUCCUGUGCUGACAAAAUUUAAAAUUCCCUGCAGUAGAACCAUUCAUCGAGAUGUCCAAAGGCAAUACAGUUGAUAACUUUAUUCCUUCUCCGUCUCAGUCGAGGCACCUCUCGUCUCUCUCCUAAUUAGCACAGCUAAAGAUUUAAAACAUGGCAUGGUGAAAUGAGAGCUACUAAAUCCAUAUUCUACCACAGUGAGUUGAAGCUUCAAUCGCCACGGGCCCUGGCACCAGAUCUGGGAGAUAAACUAACAACAGGCCAUGUGUCUUGAGUAAAACAUUGUAAAACAUGGAAUAUUGUUCUCAAUCCAGCUGCAAAGAUGUAUGUAUAAUGCUUGUUUUGAUUUUCUUUUACGGGGUUGUAAAUCUUGCACCCAUAAUUAAAAAUUAAGUGCUGAAGUUUU